UCCAUUCACUGAAAUAUUCUGGCGAGCUGUUAGGAAGCACCAAAACGCGCCAAUCCAAGUUUUGCGCACGGGGGAUUUUAUUUGUUAUCCAAAUCCACACGCCAGCGCCGAGAAAGAGUCACGGUGAGAGGAUAACAAGUAAUGAUGCGCAAUUAGUGCGCGGGCACAGGAUGAGAAAUGGAAACGCCAACUGUGCGCUCCAGUCACGUGGCUGCGCUUUAUGAUUUCUGCGCUCCGGAUCUGUCUCCAGUCGCGCUGCGUGGAGAGGAGACGCGCACUUUGCGGGCAGGAGCUUCUUCUUCUACUACUUCUCCUCCCCUCUCUCUCUUUUCUCUCUUUUUCUUCGCUGUCACUUCAGUCAGCCGGGAGGAUGAGCGGAUCCGAGUCCGGGCUGCCUCUGCGGCGGGUCGACCUCCUUGUCUUAUAACAACCUCAGGGAGUCCACGCGUGUUUGUCCCCCCAUUCUUCUUCUCUUCAUGUUUCCCCUCCGAGCAUCAUUUGGGAGAGAAUGCGUCUGCUCGUUUUCGCGACUUUGCUCGGAGUCUUCCUCGAUGCGGGAGAUACCCUUCAGAUUCAGUGCUACCAGUGUGAGGAGAUGAAGCACAAUGACUGCUCCACGCCAGAGUACAUCGUCAACUGUACCGUCAACGUACAGGACAUGUGCCAGAAGGAGGUGCUGGUCAAAUCUGAUGGUGAGGCUGCCGUAAUUGACUACGCUCGUUUUGGUCGUAGCAUGACUUUUAUUUUCGAGUCACGGAUACAUUAUCGGAAAUCGUGUGCAUCCUCGGGGGCUUGCCUCAUCGCCUCCUCUGGCUACCAGCAGUUCUGCACCGGCAGGUUGAAUUCAGUCUGCAUCUCCUGCUGCAACACCCCACUCUGCAACGGCCCCAAGAGGAAGCGUCCCACCAACUCGGCGGCAACGACCACCCUGCAGACGAACCGGCCUCUUCUUCUUUUCCUGCUCGCACUGCUGCUCCUCCUACUGACGUAGAUGAUGUUCCCGCCACAACUUCGCUGUUCAUCCCGGGGUCUGGACCUUACGAGGAGAUUUGGACACCACAUCGGCUUCGUAGCUUCUCAGCUUUAUGGAAAACUGUCAGUGUUAUUGAUAAAAUGGCGUAACCGCUGAGAGUGACACUGAAACCCCGGAGAAGUGAAAGCAUACAGAGCUUUGUGAAUCAUUGAUUGCUCGGGUUUGAAGAGGAUGCGGCUGAGUCAUCUCUCGCCUUUUUUUUCUUUCUUUUCUCUUUUUUUUUUCUCUUUUGGCUUUUUGUGAAGUGGAGUGUUUAUGUGAAGAAGCUGGUCUCAAGUUAUUUUCUGGUUAUUAGAUGCUGUAAAAAAAAAGUGCUGGUGGAGGUUAUAAUACUUUUGAGCUUUUUCAUUUUCUGGUCUUACGGUUUGAAACGGCGCUGCUGGUUUCAUUUUCCUGUCGAUGCUGUAGCUGUUUAUGCUCUGAAUACACAGAUUUGACCUUACGAAGCCAAACUUUAGUUUUAUUUCUCAUAUGUUACCGUGAAGACUGCACAUUGACUGAGGCAACAAGUUGAAGGUUUCCCAGCUCUCUCGCACCUUCCUUUCACAUUUAUGCUUAUUCUCCACUAUCAACCGUCAUUUCUCUUUGUUUCUGCGUUGUCAAUCAUAGGGUUGCUUCUGCAAUAUAAAGCACUAUUAGUAGGCAUUAAUAUUCCUGUGUAGAAUGAUCUAUUAAAUUGUCUCAUAACCUUCAUAUUACAUAGUGCAGAAUAAUAAGAAAAAAAUAUAAGUACAAAUAAAAUUCUCACUCGAGACUUGC